GCCGAGCGCGUCCCGCCACGGUUCACCUUCUAGUCCCGCUGCUGUCGCGGAGUACGGAGAGGAGGAGGAGGAGGAGGAAGAAGAAGAGGAGGAGGAGGAGGAAGAGAGAAAAAGUCAGUCAGUCAGUCAGUCAUGCUACGAAAGUUAGCGUGAACGCCGGAGCGUCUUCUCGUCACAGAAGACCCCUGAACGCCUCACCGUGCGGACCAGGGGAGAGCGAGUGAGAGGAGGGGGAGAAGGGAGAAGGGACGCCGGGACAAGGGAGAGAAAGGCGGCGGCGGGGGGGUGGUGGUGGUGGUGGUGGUGGUUACAAGAUGCAGCUGGUCGCGGUGCUGUGCGGAGCCCUGAUAACUUCGCUGCUCCGCCAGAGUCCAGGUGUUCAGGGCAGCGCCGAGUGCUCGUGUGGGAGGAACCACUUCACGUGCGCGGUCAGCGCGUUCGGGGAGUGCACCUGCAUCCCGGCCCAGUGGCAGUGUGACGGGGACAACGACUGCGGCGACCACAGCGACGAGGACGGAUGCAUGCUGCCCACAUGUUCGCCACUCGACUUCCACUGCGACAACGGCAAAUGUAUCCGUCGCUCCUGGGUGUGUGACGGAGACAACGACUGCGAGGACGACUCCGACGAGCAGGACUGUCCUCCCAGGGAGUGCGAGGAGGACGAGUUCCACUGCCAGAACGGCUACUGCAUCCGCAGCCUGUGGCACUGCGACGGCGACAACGACUGCGGCGACAACAGCGACGAACAGUGCGACAUGCGUAAAUGUUCGGACAAGGAGUUCCGCUGCACUGACGGCAGCUGCAUCGCCGAGCACUGGUACUGCGACGGAGACACGGACUGCAAGGAUGGAUCGGAUGAGGAAAACUGCCCCUCCGACGUGAUGACGGCCACCUGCAGCGUGGAGGAGUUCCAGUGUGCGUACGGACGCUGCAUCCUGGACAUCUACCACUGCGACGGCGACGACGACUGCGGCGACUGGUCGGACGAGUCGGACUGCUCCUCCCACCAGCCGUGCAGAUCCGUCGAGUUCAUGUGCAGCAGCGGGAUGUGCAUCAACGCCGGCUGGAGGUGCGACGGCGAGUACGACUGCGACGACCAAUCGGAUGAGAAGAACUGCACCACGUCCAUGUGCACGGCCGACCAGUUCCGCUGCGGGACCGGACGCUGCGUGCGGUUGUCGUGGCGAUGCGACGGUGAGGACGACUGCUCGGAUCGCAGCGACGAAGAGGGCUGCGAGAAGACCGAAACUCCUCCAUGUGCUCCGGAUCAGUUCCAGUGUGGCAACGGACGCUGCAUCGGUCAGAGAAAGGUGUGCAACGAGGUCAACGACUGCGGAGACGGGACCGACGAACUGCCGCACCACGACUGCCGGCCGCGCUCCAGCGAGGGCAACUGUAACCAGAAUAAUGGAGGCUGCUCCCAGAAGUGUCAGAUGGUCAGAGGACUGGUCCAGUGCACCUGUCACACUGGAUACCGGCUGAUGGACGACGGCAAAGCCUGCCAGGAUGUGGACGAGUGCGCCGAGGAGGGCUACUGCAGCCAGGGCUGCACCAACACGGAGGGGGGGUUCCACUGCUGGUGCGUCCAGGGCUACGAGCUCCGACCCGACAAGCGCAGCUGCAAAGCUCUGGGUCCAGAGCCGGUCCUGCUGUUCGCCAACCGCAUCGACAUCCGGCAGGUGCUGCCGCACCGCUCCGAGUACACGCUGCUGCUCAACAACCUGGAGAACGCCAUCGCCCUGGACUUCCACCACAACCUGGAGCUGGUGUUCUGGUCCGACGUGACCCUGGACCGCAUCAUGAAGGCCAACCUCAACGGCUCCAACGUGGAGGAGGUCGUCUCCACCGGCCUGGAGAGCCCAGGUGGACUGGCCAUAGACUGGAUCCAUGACAAGUUGUACUGGACGGACUCGGGGACGUCCCGCAUCGAGGUGGCCAACCUGGACGGGACGCAGCGCAAGGUGCUGCUGUGGCAGAACAUGGAGAAGCCCCGAGCCAUCGCGCUGCACCCCAUAGAGGGUAAGAUCUACUGGACCGACUGGGGCAACACGCCUCGCAUCGAGUACUCCAACAUGGACGGCUCCAACCGGCGGGUCAUCGCUGACACGCACCUGUUCUGGCCCAACGGCCUCACCAUCGACUACGCCGGCCGCCGCAUGUACUGGGUGGACGCCAAGCACCAUGUCAUCGAGAGGGCCGACCUGGACGGACGCAACCGCAAGGCCGUCAUCAGCCAAGGCCUGCCGCACCCGUUUGCCAUCACGGUGUUCGAGGACAGCCUCUACUGGACCGACUGGCACACCAAGAGCAUCAACAGCGCCAACAAGUUCACCGGCAAGAACCAGGAGAUCAUCCGCAACAAGCUGCACUUCCCCAUGGACAUUCACACCCUGCACCCGCAGCGGCAGCCCGCAGGCGGCAGGAACCGCUGCGGCACCAACAACGGAGGCUGCAGCCACCUGUGUCUCCCCAGCAACAAGACGUACACCUGCGCCUGUCCCACCGGCUUCAAGAAGAUGGACCACCACAGCUGUGCCAAUGGUCUUGACAAGUUCCUGCUUUUUGCCCGAAGGACGGACAUCCGACGGAUCAGCUUCGACACCGAGGACAUGUCCGACGAUGUCAUCCCGCUGGCCGACGUGCGCAACGCCGUGGCGCUCGACUGGGACGCCAAAGACGGCUACGUCUACUGGACGGACGUCACCACGGACUCUAUCAACAGAGCGCUGUGGAACGGCAGCAAGCAGGAGGUGGUGGUGGACACCAGUCUGGAGAGCCCUGCCGGUUUGGCGAUUGACUGGGUGACCAGCAAGCUCUACUGGACCGAUGCUGGUACGGAUCGCAUCGAAGUGUCGAAUGCUGACGGCAGCAUGCGGACUGUCCUGAUAUGGGAGAACCUGGACCGGCCCAGGGACAUUGUGGUCGACCCGAUCGGAGGCUUCAUGUACUGGACCGACUGGGGCGCCAACCCAAAGAUCGAGCGCGCAGGAAUGGACGCCUCCAGUCGCAUCGUCAUCAUCUCGUCCAAUCUGACGUGGCCCAACGGGCUCGCCAUCGACUACGAGACCCAGCGCCUGUACUGGGCCGACGCUGGCAUGAAGACCAUCGAAUUUGGGAACUUUGACGGUUCUGACCGACAGGUUUUGAUUGGCAGCCAGCUGCCGCACCCCUUUGGCCUGACCGUACACGAUGACAAGCUGUACUGGACCGACUGGCAGUCCAAAAGCAUCCAGAGCGCCGACAAGCUCACCGGCUUGGGUCGGCACACGCUGGCCGAAAACCUGGAGAACCUCAUGGACAUUCACAUGUUCCACCGGCACCGCGACACAGUGCGUAACCCCUGCGCGGUGAACAAUGGAGGCUGCAGCCACCUCUGCCUCCUGGCCCCUGCUCCCAAGGCCUCCAGCUGUGCCUGUCCCACCGGCAUCAACCUGCAAUCUGAUGGAAAGACCUGCACGUCAGGAAUGAGCAGCUUCCUCAUCUUUGCACGGAGGACCGACAUCAGGAUGGUUUCUCUGGACAUCCCAUACUUCGCCGACGUGGUUCUGGCCGUCAACAGCUCCAUGAAAAACACCAUCGCCAUCGGCGUCGACCCCCAAGGAGCGAAAGUUUACUGGUCUGACAGCACCCUGAAGAAAAUCAGCAGAGCUAACUUCAACGGAACAGAAUAUGAAGACAUCAUAUCUACGGGGUUGGUCACAACUGAUGGUCUGGCGGUGGACGCCCGCGGCAGGAAGAUCUACUGGACGGACACGGGAACCAACCGCAUCGAGGCAGCCAACCUGGACGGCUCCAUGAGGAAAGUUCUCGUGUGGCAGAACCUGGACAGCCCCCGAGCCAUCGCUCUCUAUCAUGAGAUGGGGUAUAUGUACUGGACGGACUGGGGAGAACACGCCAAGCUGGAGCGCUCGGCGAUGGACGGAUCCGACCGCGUGGUCCUCAUCAGCAACAACCUCGGCUGGCCCAACGGCCUGGCCAUCGACAUGGCUGGCUCCCAGCUACUGUGGGCCGACGCCCACACUGAGCGUAUCGAGGCUGCCGACCUGAACGGGCAGAAUCGCCACACCCUGGUGACGCCGGUCCAGCACCCGUAUGGUUUAACCCUGCUGGGGCCGCACAUCUACUGGACUGACUGGCAGAGCCGCAGCAUCCAGCGAGCUGACAAGAACACAGGGGCCAACACCAUCACUGUGCGAGCCAACCUGCCAGGCCUCAUGGACAUCCAGGCCGUGGACAGGGAGAGGCCGAUGGGUUUCAAUAAGUGUGGCAGGAGGAACGGGGGCUGCACCCACCUCUGCCUCCCUCGUCCCAAUGGCACGUCCUGCGCCUGUCCCACCGGCAUCUUGCUCAAGGGAGACGGCAGGUCGUGCGACGACUCCCCGGAGACAUACCUGGUUUUCUCCAACCGCGUCAGCGUGCGCAGAAUCUCCCUGGACACCAACGACCACACCGACGUGCAUGUGCCGGUGCCCGAGCUGCACAACGUCAUCUCGCUGGACUACGACAGCGUGGAUGGAAAACUUUACUACACCGAUGUUACCCUCGAUGUUAUAAGGCGUGCAAACCUAGACGGCAGUGGCAUGGAGACGGUGAUCAGCCAGGGCCUGAAGACCACCGACGGGCUGGCCGUAGAUUGGGUGUCCCGGAACAUGUACUGGACCGACACCGGGCGCAACACCAUCGAGGUGGCCCGGCUGGACGGAACGUGCCGCAAAGUCCUGGUCAACAACAGUCUGGAUGAACCCAGAGCCAUCGCCGUGUUCCCGAGCAAAGGGUUCCUCUUCUGGACCGACUGGGGUCACAUUGCGAAGAUUGAGCGAUCUCACUUGGACGGCUCGGACCGGAAGGUCCUGAUCAACACCGACCUGGGCUGGCCCAACGGCCUCACGCUCGACUACGACACACGGAGGAUCUUCUGGGUGGACGCCCACCUGGACCGGAUCGAGAGCUCCGACCUGAACGGGAAACUCCGUCAGAUCCUCGUCAGCCCCGUGUCCCACCCGUUCGCCCUCACACAGUUGAAGCCGGUGUCCUCCCCUCUAACCCCUUUCUCCCGACUCUCGCAGCAAGACCGCUGGAUCUACUGGACGGACUGGCAGACCAAGUCCAUCCAGCGGGUGGACAAACACACGGGCCGCAACAAGGAAACCGUGCUGCCCAACGUGGAGGGCCUCAUGGACAUUAUAGUGGUAUCGCCUCACAGACAGACGGGUACCAACCUCUGUGGAGUGAGUAAUGGCGGCUGCACUCACCUCUGCUUUGCGAAGACCAACACUUUUGUGUGCGCCUGCCCCGAUGAACCAGAUGGGAGACCCUGUUCCACCAUUUCAGGUUACAUCCCCACGUCUCCUGCCAGAGGAACCAGCAGCACUCCUGUCCCCAACAAGAUCCCCAACGCUCCGACCGACACGCCGCACAGAGGACCAACGCUGGUCAACUGCACGGACAAGAACCUAAGUGUUGAAGGCUGCUCGAGCAACGUGGUGACGGCUCCCCAUGGAGAGGGUCUUCAUAUCAGCUAUGUGAUUGGUGGAGUUCUGACCAUCCUGGCUAUUCUGAUCCUCAUCGCUGCUCUGAUCAUUUACAGACACAAAAAGUCAAAGUUCGCCGACCCGGGAGUGAGCAACCUGACCUACAGUAACCCCUCGUACCGGACGUCCACGCAAGAGGUGAAGAUCGAGGCCUCGCAGAAGCCUCCGAUAUACAACCAGCUUCGAUAUAAGAAAGAGGGGGGAGUGGACGGAGGCUACACCAAGGAGAAGAUCCGCAUCGUGGAGGGCGUGUGCCUCCUGUCCCACGAGGAGCUUUACUGGGACGACCUGAAACAGAUCAAGCCGUCCCGCGGCGGCCUGCACACCUGCAUGCGCACGGACACCGUGUCGCUGCAGGCCAGCAGCGCGUCGCUCGACGACGGCGAGACGGAGCAGCUGCUGCAGGAGGAGGCGUCCGAGUGUUCCUCCAUCGCCACCCUGACCCCCUCGGCCAUCACCCCGCAGCGCCACGCCCAGCACAGCCUGCCCGACACCGGCUGGACCUCCACGCGCAAGCCCUCCACCGAGAGCGAAGUGUGAGGGGGUCGUCUCCGCCCUCACCCCCUCCCCCUCCGCCCUCUGUGCUUUAUCUCAACCUCAGUCAUCCGAUACACACAAACACAAACAUCUGUAUUUAUAGCUGGUACAAAAAGUUACACGUAAAUAGGUACACACACGGUGACGGUACGUAUGAAACUGGUUCGACACAAUUAAGCUCCGAUCAACACAACUGCUGUCUCUGAAAAUGGGGCUCCGUCCUACUUGCGCGCGCACACACACACGCACACACACACACACACACACACACACAGUACAGUACAGUACCCUCAGUGCUACCGCCUUCAGGCAAAAACUGAUAAACUAACGAGCAUGCUGGAAUGAAGAAAGCCAAUAUCUCUGGGGAGGAGGUGAACAGAGACACAGAGCGUUACGGUACCUGGACCUUUUUUUUUUUUUUUUUUAAAGGAUGCAGACUCUCAAUGCGACGAAGCGCUUCUCUGUGUACAGCUUCACCUUUUCCUUUCUUUGUGAACUUUCUCGCCCCUCCCCUUUGUACAAAGCUAAAACGAGACCCACUCCCUGGACGCUCUCUCUCUCCCUCUCUCUCUCUCUCUCUCUCUCUCUCUCUCUAAUACCACUCAUGAACUUUUAUUUAUGUACGUUUUUUGUACCUGUAGAGUGGGUUUUGCUGACUUUCUCAGAGGAACGGCGACGGACGGAGCAUCGCGUUGGAAACUUUUUUUCCGUGCCGCAGGACCUGGUUUUUGUUCAAGAGUUGUAUUUAUGACAGUGCCAAAGGGCGAGACUCCCAACGAGUCUCCACGCUUCUUUUCUCUCCGCGUUCACACUAUUCCUUAACAGAAAUGCAUCCCGGUUGUUUCCUCUGUGCCCUCCACCAGUGCGAGACCUCAGUCGAGGACAUGUGCUUCUAAUUUCUUCUUUUUUUUUUACAGCCUCCGAUGGGUCAAGCGAGGCCUGGCUGUGGCUUGUUGCACAAGUCCCUUUAUCUAGAAAAGUAAACUGAAAGGAGCUUUUUUGGUGUGUGAUUUUCUUCUCUUUUUUUCUCCUUUUUUUUCCUAAGUCGUGAUUCAACCGUUGUUGAUCGUCAGUGCAGAGCAGAGGAAGCCGCGAUGAUGUAACAGCCUAAGUGCCAAACAUUUCAUUCUUUCUUUUCCCGCCUUCAGCUGUAUAUUUAUUUUUUGGUUCUCAGAGGUUUUAAAAUGUACCUGAAAUUCUUUUCACUUGGGUUUUUCGACACAGAAAUCACACCGAAAAAGACUCACUUACCUUCUAUUCAGCCACGCAGAUAGUUGUGCUUAUAUUUACCCAGCUGUAGGUGAACACGUCUCUGGGGUUUCCCUCCGUCUUUUCAAGAAAUACAGUGCAGGUACCUGGGGUUUACUAUCCAGACAAAUGAGCACUUACAAUUGCAAUUUGAAGCUCUUUGAAUCUUAAUUUUAACAUGUUCAACAAUUACUUUUAUUCAGUUUUUAUCGAAAAACAGAUUCCCUUAAUCUUUUGAUGUACUAUACACUUGAUAUCCAACUACAUUUAUUACUUAUGUCAUCUCUCCUAUUUUUCAAACAAGAACGAAAAAAGAUUGAAGUGCCAUUCGGUCCUUGGUUUAAGGUUUAUGAGAAAAGUAGUUUGUAUUUAUUGUUAAAGGUUCGCUACAAACAGAAAUAUCAACUACAUUGAGGUCACUCACUGCAUAUUACAUAUUUUUUCCAAAAAGACCACCCUCACUUUUUACAAACUGGACAUGAUAAUGUUGAGAAAGGUUAGGAUUUUUUUAGGGAUAUUUUGCUUCACAAAUCAAAUUUCCCUACUUCUACGAACAUAAUCACAAAAGUUUCGGUUUCACUUUGCCCCCCCCCCCCCUCGUGUCGGGAUAGCGACGAAGUUUCAGAGGCGAAUAGAUCAAAACCUUGGCACAGUUGUACAACCAAAAGCAUCUGCGUGACCAAACACUGUCGGAGGCGAAUGAGAACAUUUGUUCCUUUUUCGUUAUUUUAAUUUUUGCAUCCAUCAGCUCUAAAUCUGUAAUGCGUGUAAAGCAGCAUCUGCCACAGAGCAGAAUAACAGUGGGUAACUUAGAACACUGUGCAUGUCUGACACCCCCCCCCAUCAGACAGUUUGAGGGUUAUAGUUUAGAAAAUAUAUCACUUACAACUUACUGAAAAAGAGAAGAAAAAAAAAUAAGAAUUUAAUACAAGUAAAAGAUAUUAUGCAUUGCUUUAACUUUUUAGAGUACACAUUCUGUCUGUAGUUGAAACACGGUACAAGGAAAAUACUAUAUUGUUAUAUUGACAAAUAUAUCAGUUUAGACUUUAUAGAAUGAACCAUGUAUUUUUUUGAAGUAUCUGCUACAAAGCUCAGCAACUUGCUGAUUUGCUGCUAGACGAAGCACUGAGGCCAAUGAACGAGGGUCUUGGCAGCUACAUAACCACGGUCCCCCCCCCCCCCCCCCCCCCCCCCCCCCCCACACACACACACACACACACACACACACACACACACACCCCCCACCGACGGUUGGUUGACGGUUUAGGCCUACAGAGCAACACGGCAACCAAACAACAACCCGGCUCCGCGAUCCCUCCAACUCUGCUGCAGGAAUGCUACAAACUGUACAGAUUUUAUUAUUAUCAUGCCGAUAUAAGAGGAAAAGAAAAAACAUUUCUGCUGAAGAUAUUUUGCGUCGAUUUAAGUUGUAUAGUCUUUUGUACAAAGGGAUUUCAUGAGCGUUUCUAGACAUGUAUUAAUUUUACUCACUGGAGAAGAACAUUAUUUUUUUUGUUGUUUUUUUUGCUGGAUUAUUUUAACCACUGUGUUUCCAAGCCUUUGUAAAUGAUAGGGAAGGUGCCAGUUAUUUAAUAGUUGCUCUUUUUAUCUUAUCUGGAAUACUGGUCGCGUAUAGCUGUUGUAAAGUUAACAAAAAAAAAGAGGUAUUUAUGAUUUCUGUUUGGUUGUCACUUGAUGUGUAAAUAUGAAAAAAAAGACUGUAUAUGUAUUUCCAUGACAGUACUAACAAGCUGUGUUGUGUGAUAUAGUGAAUUAUCCCUUUGCUAUCUUUUAAUAUAAAACUGCAUUUUUUUGCAUUUCAA